AUGAAGGCCACAGCAAGAGUUCCUGAGAAACCUGGACAAUUAAGAAGAGCUCCUACUCCAUACCCUAAGGAGUUAAGAGCCAUGGCAAAACAUGCUCGAAAUAUUCACAAAGAUGGAACACAAGAUAUAACACCACCAAUGCAAAAUGCUGUUCACAUAAAAGCUGCAAAAAUUACUCCUACUUUACAGCAAAGAUUUGCAUCUGAUAAUAAAAAGGAACCAGUCACAUCUAAUAGUGAAAAUGACCCAGCAAGUCAUCAGCAUAGCCCUGGUAGUGUGCAAGAAGCAGCAUACAUGAGGGGACAACCACCACCAUAUCACAUUGCAGCACCUUACACUAAACAUGCUCAAUAUUUUAAUGGUACUGGUGGA